UGUGCUGUACCCAACAUACAUACAUACAUAUAUACUCACGUCUGUAAUCCCCGAAGGGCUAGUCAGAGGUGACUCGCAAGCGUGGGGUGCUGUACCCCUACCCUGAAAUAGUUUAACUUGCUGUUCGGUACUCUACCAUUAAAUACUCUAUCGCGUUUCAUUAGGGGUUGGUGUGAGUGUCGGCUCGAAGCGCUCCCAUGAUUUUCCAACAGAGCCACAGAUUUCGAGACGGUUUAUUUGUCUACUGUACUUAAAUCGUUUUCUUGUUUAUGAAUUCUGAUAAUAAUUGCGAGUGCUUAAAAUGUAAGUCUACAACUACAUACUUACAAUUUAAAUGUAGUUUAUAUUAUAAGGUAGAAAUGUAUCUUACACGAAUGCUAUAAUUAUUAUUUCUUAAAUAAUAACUAAUCCAGAAAGUAUAGUUGGUGGUUACUGUGGCAGUAUUGACUGACGGAAAUAUUUUUACAGCAUUCUUUAUAGUUCCUAAGCGUAAAGAUCUCGAUUACUCAUUGUGCCAAUAUUCUAUAUCAUUAGUCUUGCCAAUAAAUAAUUUCUUGUAGAUUAAGCGUACUAGUCAAAUGGUUCUCGUUUUUUUCCAAAAAUGUAUAUUUUAUUGAAUGCUCAAAUUUUAUUCAUUGUGAAACAAUGUGCCAAAAUUGAAAUUAUUAGGUUAUAAAAAGUUUCUUUUACAUUUUACUGCAGGGAUUGGUUACUAUGUAUGAAAAAUAAUUAAAAUGCGUAGGUUUUUAAUUUCUGUAUUAGGAAAUGUACCUAUCUGUAGCCAUGUUUUGCAAUAAACCUUAAUACACUUGUAUGUUAACAUAUAUUAUUGUUUAAAUACUUAGGUACCUUAUUAUAUCGAUUAACCUGUAUUAAAUGAAUAAUCUGUGAUAUUCUAUUAAUAUUGCAUGUCGCAGGGAUCGACCCUUUUGGUGAACUUUUGUAAAAUACCUACACAGAUAUUUUUUGAUGGAAAAAAUCAAUUAAAAAACAACUUGAUGAAUUAUGAAGUUUCAGGGAUCGAUCAUAUACCUGGUCUACCUCUACUCCGAAUUGUUUAAUGCAACGAGAUAGAGUCGAGGUUAGCAGUUAGCGCAGUAGCGCUCUAAAAUAUCGUAGUGACGCUAGAGUUGUCCGGCACUUGCGAAUCACUACGUAUAUCGCUAUAUAGAGAACAAAUUAAUUAUACAUACUUUAUACCAGUAACAAAGCUGUAUUCUAACAGAGUUGUAUACCAAUACCAUCCACGACACAAUAGACGCUGGCAUCUUGAGAGUAGGUAGGUUUAACAGUUUUCCAAAAGAACUAAGUACUACAUUCAACCGCAGUAAACACAAAGGUAAGUAUCGCCAAACCCUGACUACCCAGUGUGACCAGACACCUCACUAACGCCCCAAACUUUCCAGUGCUCAUGGUGAAGUCCCGCACCGGCAAAGACCUGCUAAUGCUGGACGGCUACACCUACUACCAGCACAAGCACCUGCGCGACGGGUUCCGCUGGAGCUGCACGCAGAUGGGGUCCCGCUCCUGCCGGGGGUUCCUGCACGUGGACACGCAGAUGAUGGUGGUGCGCGCGCAGACGCAGCACACGCACCCGCCUUCGACGUACUUCCUGGAGAAGAUCAGGCAGAAGUACGCGGAGCUGCUUAAGGAAAGUAAAACUUCAUCGGAAGAUGAAAAUGAGGCGCCAAAAUAUCUGAAAAUCAAAAGUAUUCAAGGCCGUGCUGGGUUUUAAAGUAUUUAAUUGUGAUAGUUCCUAUCGGAAACUGAAUUGUGUAGUCAUUGGUUUAUAUUUAGUUUUAGACUUUUAUAAUAUAAGUUAGAUUAUUUUGAAGUUUUAGAUCUACUUUUGCCGUAUCAAUAUUAUUUACAAUCAUGUAAUCAAUGAAUAAUUAAGUAUGCUAAAUAUUAAACAGUAUAAAAGAAUUA